CUCAAAAAGAAAAAAAAUAAAAGAGAAGAAGAAGAAGUCGGUUUAUGUUUAUAACAAAGUAAAGAAAAAUGUAAAGGCAGAACUCAUGAACAGCCAAGAAUCCAUCUUCUUUUUAUUAAAAAAAGUUAUUCACUGAUUUAUAAUUUCUGUGAUCGUUUUCUGAAUUUAUUAAAUAGAAAAUCUUUUACCAUUUUUAUCAACUCAAGUUUCCACCUUCCUCAAUUUUGCAGCUCCUAAAUGUAGAGAAAAGAACAAUAUUUUGGAAAAGAGAGAGUUAAAGACAUCAAUCAUCAAAUUACCAAAUCAGGGCACCUGUGUGGACUUAAAAGACAAUCCUGCUGCUGCUAAAAAUCUGUGGCUCACCAACCAAGAACAAGAAUGAAGACGAUCAACAAAGAAAGGGUCUUUCUGACCUUUCACAGCAUCAAAAAUCAAGAAAAGGAAAAAAAAAAACAUUAAUGUGGGCACCCAACAAACCCAAGAACAGUAUCAGUCACUUCUCAACUCUUUGAUUCUUGGAAAAAAAUGGAGAAAGCAAGCAAGAAAGAAAGACAAACUAAGAAACAGGAAAAAGCUCUCUCCAUAAAAAAAAACAGUUGAGAGUGAGUUUUAAAAUUAGUUGCUAUGUAACCAAAGUUCUGUGCUUUCUUCCUUGAACUCAUCAAAGUGCCUGUUUUUUUUUUUUUUUUUUUUUGGUUCUCUGUAUUAUUGUUCUUGUCUAUAAUUUUGAAAGAGAGGGUCUUUCUUGGUAAGGCCAGUCAGUGUACUGAUACUCUAUAACCCAAGCUGUCAUGGGCCAGUGUCAGGUGUCUCUGCUUUUCACUACUUUUUAUCUGUCCCUCUCUCUAUAGUCUAAGCUUCAAUCCCUCUCCGUUUCUUUUGUUUUCUUUCUGUACUUUCUUUUUCACUUUCAUUUACAAUCACAAACACACAUACACAAAGAAAAAAAAGAAGAAGUAUCCACAAAAAACUGCCAUGAAUGAACUGUAAGCAACAGUUAUGGAAAUGGGUUCAGGCUCUUUAAGUGAGUCAGGUAAUUCCAGCAAAGCUUCUUCUCCACCAUCCGAGUCAAUAAAUGGGUUAAAAUUUGGCAAAAAAAUCUAUUUUGAGAAUGCAGGGUCCGGGGCUCCGGUUAAGUCUUCUUCACCCGGCUCAUCAUCAUCAUCAUCUGGGUCUGGGGCCCCGGCUAGGAAGGUUCAUGGUGGGCAGCAGCAACCACCUAGGUGUCAAGUUGAAGGGUGUAAAGUGGAUCUGAGUGAUGCUAAGGCUUACUAUUCAAGGCAUAAAGUUUGUGGUAUGCACUCUAAGUCUCCUAAGGUCAUUGUUGCUGGUUUGGAACAAAGAUUUUGCCAGCAGUGUAGUAGAUUUCAUCAACUUCCUGAAUUUGACCAAGGAAAACGAAGUUGUCGCAGACGCCUAGCAGGUCAUAAUGAGCGACGGAGGAAGCCACCGCCUGGAUCACUGUUGUCAUCUCGCUAUAGCCGACUCUCUUCAACAGUUUUUGACAAUAGCAGCAGAGCUGGAGGCUUUCUUGUAGACUUCAGUGCUUACCCGAGGCUUUCUGCGAGGGAUGCAUGGCCAAGUGCAAGGCCAUCUGAGAGGGUGCCUGGGAACCAUACCACUGGCGCAGGAAGGUCUAUUCCUAAUCCAUGGCAGACUAGCUCUCAGAAUCCUCCAUCUAACCUUUAUCUGCAAGGUUCAGCAAGUGGGACUGGUUUUUCCAGUUCUGAAAAUCCUUCAGGAGAAUGCUUCACAGGAGUCAGCAUCGCUGACUCAUCCUGUGCUCUCUCUCUUCUGUCAAAUCAACCAUGGGGUUCAAGAAACCAAGCAUCAGGGCUUGGGGUGAAGAACUUAGUUGAUCCCCAAGGAGCACCCCUGGCUCAAUCAACAAAUCCUCAUGGUGCAGCUGUCAAUCAAUAUCCAAAUCCCUCUUGGGGUUUCAAGGGCAGUGAAGCUGGUAGCAGUUCGCAUGAGAUGUGCCCUGAUCUGGGUCUUGGUCAAAUCUCGCAGCCUCCUAAUGGUCAUUUCGCGGGUGAGCUUGAGCUGUCUCAACAAAAUAGGAGACAGUAUAUGGAACUUGAUCACUCUAGGGCUUAUGACUCUUCUACUCAGCACAUGAACUGGUCGCUUUAGGCGGCCCUCUUUCUCUGGUUUAUAGUCUUUCAGGUAUUCAAUUACCCUAAAUAAGAAAACUGGAAUAUCCAGAGGCUGGGCAGUAAUGUUAUACCUGAUCUUUUGUUGGGAUAAACCCGUUCUAGUUUGGCAAAUCAGAAACCAAUCGUAUUUUGGUUCUUGGUCUGUAAUCACCUAUUAUAAAGACAACGUAAAAACAAGGGAUUACCUUUGUUUUACCAA